GUUUCCAAGCCUCCUCGCGUCUUGCACGACCAGAAGAGAGCGAGAGCGCCGCAGGAGGAUCAAACCAGCAGCUGAUUGGAACUGAUCACCUUGAGCAGCGUCGGCAGAUUGUUAGGAGGCCGCCGGCCUCUUCGGAGGAGGAAUCAAUCAACAAGGAGAUGAGCGGCGACGGCGGAGGGCCGGCAGCGCAGCCUCAGGACCUGCAGCUGCCGCCGGGGUUCCGGUUCCACCCGACGGACGAGGAGCUGGUGAUGCACUACCUCUGCCGGCGGUGCGCCGGCCUGCCCAUCGCCGUGCCCAUCAUCGCCGAGGUCAACCUCUACAAGUACGACCCCUGGCAGCUUCCAAGAAUGGCGCUGUACGGCGAGAAGGAUUGGUACUUCUUCUCGCCGCGGGACCGCAAGUACCCGAACGGGUCACGGCCGAAUCGCGCGGCGGGAACGGGCUACUGGAAGGCCACCGGUGCCGACAAGCCGGUGGGCGUGCCAAAGCCGGUGGCCAUCAAGAAGGCGCUCGUCUUCUACGCCGGCAAGGCGCCCAAAGGUGACAAGACCAACUGGAUCAUGCACGAGUACCGCCUCGCCGACGUCGACCGCUCCGCCCGCAAGAAGAACAGCCUCAGGUUGGAUGAUUGGGUGCUGUGCCGAAUCUACAAUAAGAAAGGCGCGCCGGAAAAGCCGACCGGCGGGGGCCGUGCCGAGGCGGCGAGCCACGGGGAGCAGGCGGCCGUCGGCUCCCCGCCGGAACAGAAGCCAGCUCUGCUGCCUCCCGGGGCCGCAGGGACGGGCUACGCGCCUCCCUUGUUCUCGGAGCUGGCGGCGUACUACGAGGUCCGGCCAUCGGACUCGACGCCGCGCGCGCACGCGGACUCGAGCUGCUCGGGGCACGCGUUGGCGACCGGGACGUUGUCGUGCGGCGGCGAGCGGCCGGAGGUUCAGAGCCAGCCCAAGAUCGCCGAGUGGGAGCGCACGUUCGCCACCGCCCCUGGCCCGGGCGUGAACCCGGUCGGCUCGAUGCUGGCCGGGCAGCUCGACCUGGCGGCGGGGCUACCUGCGGGGGACCCACUGCUCCAGGACAUCCUCACGUACUGGGGCAGGCCGUUCUGAGCCAGGACGGUGUCCGGCCGCGUGCGCAGUUGGGUUGGGAUCGGGGUGACUCUGGCGAGCCGCCGACAUCGAUCGGCCCGGUAUGCUACCGGCCGUUGGAUGUUUGGUGCUAUCUGAUGCAAUCAUGCAAGUGGUCUGGACGGCGGCGAUGAGGCCGUGGAGCCCUGGUCGAGGAGCAGGAGCACUAGUUUGCAGCGAGAAUUGAACUAGGCUAUGUAUAUGCGAUCGAUUAAUUUGGUGCUGGGCUUGGGUUCUUGUUUAAUUACUUAAUAAAUUUUGUUUUUCUUCUU